GGAUCUUUGUCUGCAGACCGGAAGUUGUUGGAGCAGGUGAUACGUAACAUCCGGUUGGUUAUGAAGCUCCUCAGUAGGUGAAAGGUGAAGAAGACGACGAGGCGCCAUCAGAAACCAACUGGACCUUUGAGACCGCGACGAUGCUGCAGAACACAGGGAAGUUAGCCGGCUGCACGCUCUUCAUCACCGGAGCGAGUCGGGGGAUCGGUAAAGCCAUCGCGCUGAAGGCUGCGAGAGACGGAGCAAACGUCGUCAUCGCUGCCAAGACAGCGGAGCCUCACGCCAAGUUACCUGGAACCAUCUACAGCGCCGCGCAGGAGGUGGAGGCGGCGGGGGGUAAGGCGUUGCCGUGUGUCGUGGACAUACGUGAUGAGCAGCAGGUGGGAGCAGCUGUUCAGAAAGCUGUGGACACGUUUGGAGGUAUCGACAUCCUGGUGAACAACGCCAGCGCCAUCAGUCUGACGGGAACGUUAGAGACGCCGAUGAAGAAAGUGGAUCUGAUGCUGGGAGUCAACCUGAGGGGAACGUACCUGACGUCGAAGCUGGUCAUCCCUCACCUGCUGAAGAGUCGCAGUCCUCACAUCCUGAACCUUUCACCGCCUCUCAACCUGAAUCCCGUCUGGUUCAAGAACCACACAGCGUAUACGAUGGCAAAGUACGGUAUGUCCAUGUGUGUCCUGGGGAUGGCCGAAGAGUUCAGAGGUCAAAUCGCUGUCAACGCCCUCUGGCCGAAAACUGCGAUCCAGACGGCGGCCAUGGACAUGUUGGGCGGGGAGGAGGUCGGUAAACAGUGCCGCACCGCCGACAUCAUGGCGGACGCCGCCUACGCCGUCCUUUCCCGACCGACGGACUUCACGGGUCACUUCCUGGUGGACGAGGACAUCCUGAAGGAGCAGGGGGUCCGAGACUUCGAGCAGUACGCCGUCCAACCAGGUCACCCCCUGCUGCCGGACUUCUUCCUGGACGAAGCCCCAGAGACUCUGGCUCAUCAGAUGGAGCAACAUGGAGCAACUCCAGCCUUCAAACCACCCCCAUCGUCUUCGACCACGCCCCCUUCUGGUGGACCAAUCGAAAGCACGUUUGAUGUCAUCAGAGCCGUCAUCAACGACGACGUCGUCAAGUCGACGCAGGGGAUUUAUCAGUUUGACCUAUCAGGAGAACAUGGGGGCAUUUGGUUUCUGGACCUGAAGAGCGGCUCUGGCCGGGCGGGGCCGGGUCAGCCGCCAAUCAAAGCUGAUGUUGUCAUGACAAUGGACUCCAAGGACUUCACGAAGAUGUUCGCAGGGAAGCUGAAGCCGACAUUGGCCUUCAUGUCGGGGAAGCUCCGGAUCAAAGGCGACAUGACGCUCGCCAUCAAGCUGGAGAAGCUGAUGGGCCGCAUGAGCAAACUGUGAGACGGAGGCUCCUCCCACUGUGCCCACCAGGCCCCGCCCCUGAGUGUGUUUGUGUGUCGCUGUACAUGUUGCCUUGACAAUAACAAUGUUAAUAAAUAUAAUACGACAUGAGUGAAAUCUGUUGAUAAUAACCUGUGGUUGAGUUAUGACUCUGCUCAUGUUAACACUACUAACGAGUUAGCUUAGCAUCAGCUGACAUUUUUAUUAAGGUUUUAAUAAACAUUCUUUAAAAGUC